AUGCACACGUGCACACAGACCCUUCCUGUGGUCGUGCCUGGCGCUGUCCCGCGCUCCGCCUGCGCAGCCCCCGGCAGCCGGGCCCUGGCUGCUGUCCCGCACGCAUGCGGCUCGGCCUGGCCUGGCAGGAGCGCCCCGAGGGACGCCCGCGCCCAGCACCCGGCGGACACCCCCCUCCUCCAUCCGGGGGACGCGCGCAGACACCUGCCCUGGGCCGUGGAGAUGCUCGGGCGCGCUCAGAAACAGCCGGUGUCACGCAGAGCCGGGGACACGGAGAAUUAAACUGGAAUCCAGACAUGAGGAAGGUUUUGUUGGUGGAACCUGUCAUUGUCAUAUACUGUUUUGCUUUUUUCUUGUCCCUCCCACUAGUACAACAGUAUAUUUAUCGAAGGCUGUGGGAAGAAGAAAACAAUACCACUUUCAUUGAUUAUGGCAACACUACUUACUGUGAGCAAAAUCAAAGUAACCCAGCCUAUAUCAAACAAAAGGAAGUCCAACAAAAGGCCUCCCUUUUUUCUUUGCAAAUGGACUUAAGUGGGUCAGUUCCCAGCAUUAUAGUUGCCUUUAUAGUUGUAGCUAAUGGAGAUCGCUAUGGACGCAAAAGAGCUUUGGUUCUGCCUUCCCUGGGAGCUCUUAUGACAAAUGUUUUCUACAGUAUCUUGUCAUAUUUCUCCUGGACUCUCUCUCUAUUUUUUGCUCUUGCAUUCAUUAGUGGACUGUUUGGAAGCCUGACCACUUUCCUUGGAGGUGGGUUUGCCUUCAUAGCAGAUUUAUGUCAUGAUGAGAAGCAGAAAACUAAACGCAUAGCUGUAAUUGAUUUGAUUUUGGGACUUGUGUCUGGAUUAGCAGGACUGUCCUCUGGCUACUUCAUCAGAGGAGUAGGCUUUACAUGGACAUUUGCAAUUGCAUCUCUGCUUCAUGGUAUAAAUAUUUUCUAUAUUAUAUUUUGGCUGAAGGAGACUGUGGAUGUAUCUGAAUCCCAGCAACAUGCCUCAUUAUCUUGUAAAGAAAGCUUUAAAGAAACAUUUUCUGGAGUGUACAUGCUUUUUAAAACUUCCUCUUGUAAAAAACGAACUUUAAUCACUGUGUUGCUUUUUGCAUUUAUGUCUUAUUUCUUUGCCAUGAUUGGUGGGACUUCCCUUUUUACAUUGUAUGAACUGGAUGCUCCUCUCUGCUGGAACGAAGUCUACAUUGGAUAUGGAGCAGCUGCAUUCACUUCUGUCUCUCUGACCAGUUUUUUAGGAGUGUACUUGUUUUCUCAGUUUAUGAAAGACAUUUAUAUUGUUUUUAUUGGGAUAUUUUCUUACAUUGGAGGAAUAAUCAUGGCUGCCUUUGCCAAAACUACACUGCUUAUGUUUUUAGUGAGGGUGCCAUCUCUCCUGUGCUUUAUGCCUGUUCCUGUUCUGCGAUCCAUGUUGUCAAAAGUGGUUCUGGACAGUGAACAAGGUGCUGUGUUUGCUUGUAUUGCCUGCUUAGAAGCUGUGACUGGUAGCAUGGCAUAUGUAGUUUUUAAUAGUCUCUAUGCAGCCACUGUCAUCUGGUUUCCAGGCUUUAGUUUUCUUAUAGCAGCUGGUAUUUGUAUAAUUCCUCUCAGCAUACUGAGUGGGCUUUUGUGCACCAGUUGGCAUGAAGAGGACUUGGCAUUACUUGUACAUGAAGAAAUAUCCAGUGCGGAGAGUGUUGAUGAUUAAACAAAGAAUUCACCUACCUUCACUUUCUAAUCUUCUGGCACAGACUGUUUGUACAUACAGGGAGGGUGAAGAGAGUGUGGUAACUGUAGAUGCAAUCUGUAGCCCUGCCACGAUUCCUGCUAAACUGCUAAUAUUUCUAGCCUUCCUACUUAAUGUUUUAGUCCUUAUACUUAACUAUGCAAAAAUGGUGGGGGCGGAGAUUUUUUAACAGACUUAAAAUAUUAAGACAAAAUAAUUUAGAGUUGUAUUGUUUCUACUUCUUUCUCAGCUGAGAUUUGCAUUGAGACACAGAUAGUUUGCCAGACCCUCAGCAACAAACUAUCUGCUGUUCUGCUGAAGGGAGUGGUCUUAGAGUAGGAACAAACAUAGGAUCCUCAAAAGUGAAGGGGGAGCAUGGUAAUACUGUUGCAUCUGCAUGGAUCUGUAGUAAUACAAGUGAGCUAAUCCCAGUUUUGACCACAGCUGAAACAGGUUUAAAGGUGGAGCAGUUUUGCUAUAAACAGGCCCAUGUAACUAUAACGUAACAGCUACUGCAAGGGGUCUGACAGCUGCCCUUUCCUUUUCUGCAGCCAUUGAACUCUGCCCUGACUGAAUAAAAUGCAGCUUGCAAUCAGACACAUGGAUGAAUUUUUGCAGGGACCAGACUGUAUACUUUUUCAGAUUGCAAAAGGAUCAACUUUUGUUGCCAUUUCUCCAUAUAUUAUGCGGUAUGGUACAUACAGCUAUUGCAUCUCAAAUCAUUGUAGCCUGUUAAGUUCCUUCUCUCUCAGAAGAUGUUGAUUUUUUUUUUUUUUUAAAUAACUGAGUUGUGGAGGUGAUCAAAUAUGAACCCACAUCUUUUUACAAUGUCCUUUUCCAAUGUACGUGCUGUAACUAUAAUUAACACUUAUAUAAUUAUGCACUUGUUCCUGUUUCCGUGCUAGGGAAACAGAGGCAGAAAGGUUCAAUGAUUUGCCCUAGCCCAAGAGUGAAUUAUCAUGAAAACCAGAAAAAGAAAUCAAUUCAUGCUCCCUGGCCUUGCACUUUAGCAUCUGUGUAUAUAAACAAAAACAGAAACUCACAUUACAUCCUGUACAGCACUGCAUGGAAAUGUAGCCAAUUGGAACACUUAGGAACUUCCCCCAGCCCUAUUGUAAUAGAUUAUUUAGCAGCUAAUAUUGUUUUAUUCUAUAAAAGCACCCUUUACUACUGUUUUUAUGAGAUGUUAGAGAAAUCAGAAUAAAAUACAAAGGGCAGCAUUAACUGGAACCUCUAUAUUAAAGGGACAUUUGUAUUAGGAAAUCAACUGUGAAACAUGAACUGACUUAAAUGCACAAACUUUUGUUGCUAGAAAGGGGGCGUAACACAGAUACAUGCACCCUAGUGAAGUGACAUGCUUUUCCAUUUAGGUUCUCCUUGUGAAUAUAUUGCUGCCUCAAAAGGUUUUCAAAGAUUGUCUGCCAAAAAUAUCAACUGUUUCAAGCCUGGUAUUGUAAUCAUUAAAUCAGCAUUCAAUCUAGGUUAUUGUUUCCCAAACUGGGAUAUGAGGCAGAUGUCUAGAGCAGUGGUUCUCAACCUUUUUAUAGUCUAGGCACUACUCAUUAAGCUCAAAUCAUCCCUCAAAAGCUGCCAGCUCUUAGUUUUCACUCAUUUUCUGACUACAGAAAAAUAAUAAGAGUUCUUCUAUUGCAUAGAACUCAGAAAGAUCACAACAGGUCAGAAUGUUUUAACACCAUUGGGAAUUUGUACAUGACAUGGGGGUUUAAUUCUCCCUAAAUUGAAGUGGUGUUUUUUUAAAAAACAUUGCUUCAGUUUAGGGUGAAGUAAACCCCAAUGUCAUGUACACUUGUGUCUGCCCGAUCCUUGCCUGCCCCUCCAGUGGCAGAGAGAGGAGAGUGAGCUGCUGGUGGCCAGGGCAGCAGGGGGGGGGAAGUAGGGGGCUGGUGAUUCCCUAUACAGCAGCAGCAGUCCCACCUCCUCAGCGGCCCCCACCUCAGGCUCAGGCGGUCCCGGGGGGCAUUGCAGCCACAGAGGGAAGCACCAGGCCCCUGCGCAGCUCAGGCAGGCUGGGGGGGGAGGGGAGGGGUUACCCUGACAGGUUACCUAAACAGCCCCUGAACCUCUCACGGCCCAGUGCUGCUCUCUGCAGCUGUAGGGUAGAAAACUAAAACUCCUCGGAGGUGCUUUAGCUUGCAGCAUCCCAAAGUCAUUUGCUGUGUCCCAAAGUCAUUUAAGGUGAGUUAUGCCACCAAAUGUGCAAACAGCAAUAAAGAGGUGCAAAAGGCAUUUAACCUGCUUUAAAGUAUCAUCUACAAACACCCAUUCAUUCUUUUCUGAAAUCUCUGGGCUUAUAUUGUGAACCAUAUUUGCACACCUAGUGCACACAUUGUAUGGCACCCUAGUUGAGAAUCACUGGUCUAGAGCAGUGCACCUAGGGGUGCCUUCAGCCUAAAAGAACUGAGAACCACUGGUCUAGAAGGUAGAUAUCAGGAAGGACUGGGAAAGCAGAAAGGAAAGGGGGAUCUAAAAGGAAGGAAAAAUUAAAAACAACCUUAUGCUACUUCUUACUCUAUGUGUAGUGAGUGUUGUUUUUUUUUAAUUAACUGCAACAUGUAAUCCUGGGGGCACACAGCACUAUAAACUUGCAAAGAGGUAAGCAAUCCAAAAAAAUUUAAGCACCACUGCUCUAGGCUGUAAACUUUUCAAAAUAAAAACCAUUUUUUUUUUAAAGUAUGUACUGGUUAUGCAGCACUUUCAGACUUUAACUAUUUCUGCCUGGAAAAAGUAGAGUAAUUCAAAGACAGACAACUGUGCUUUUAUUCAUUUCCCAUGUUCCAGUAACACACUCAGCAUCCCUGGUAGUGCACUCUUAUUAGCACAGAAAACUCAAUUCUGCAGUGGCAUUGUUGGUCCAAAUGAGAAUUUUCACACAUGGGUGGGAGGAUGGCUUGUACAUCUUGAUUUUACAGUGCAUAUAUUGUAUAACCUAUGUACAGAGUUGCAAACUAUUUUUGAUGAAUACCUCAUUCAGAACUAAAUAAGUAUGAGAUAAAGCCAAGCUGUAUGAUUGCUUUCUGUGUGUAUGCGCGUGUGUGUGUGUGUGCACACACGCACAUGUAAGAGAGAGAGAGAGCGCGCAAUGGGAUGCCAAAUGAGUUGAGGACUCCAAGAAACAUCGCACUAUUAAUUUUUAAUAAAGCUUUAGAUUAUUUGUAGUAACUGA